AUGUCGUGGGAGACGAAGAAGAGGAAGAAGAGGAAGACAACAUCGUUGAACUUGUCUGUACAGGCUUCUGUCAUUGCUGGAGGCUUCAGUGACGAUAGAAAUCAUCAGGACAUUGUACAGUUUCAGAUUAAUAACAUGUCUGGCCUCAAAAGCUUGCUUCGCUUGGUCACGCACAGAGGCAAAUGGAAUCAUGUUCAUAAAACGGUGACAACAUGGUCUUCGGUAGGAGCUGCUUUCAAUGCACACACUCAGAGGAGGUUGAACCCACUGGAGAAAAACGUGGUUUGUGUCCUUCUGUGGUUUUGUGCGGCUACAGCACCCUAACGCUCAGUAGUAACCCUAACCGUAUAUAUCAUAGAUUGAAUCGGUCCAUGGUACCUCUGUGUAAUGUGUGACCUCUCUUUUCAGGGUUUGUUUGGAGUACCAGAGCUCCGCUGUCCUUCUGGUUUUCAGCUGGCAACAGAAACAGUUCUUAAAAACACAGACCAUCUGGUAGAAAAGGCUUGUUCUUGUAUAUCCGGGGCUGAGACAGUGGAGUAUUUUGAUAAGCUAUCAGAUGGUUUGUGUAAAGUGGCUGAUUUGGUGAGUUGAAAGUGGGAAAACUAAAAACAUUUAAAUAUCUUUGUACACUACUGACAAGACGAAACAGAUAUUGCACAGUAGGGCUGGGCGAUAUAACGAUAUAUAUCGAAAAUAAAUGUCCUUCGGUAUCGAUAUAAAACUUUGGCUGUGUCCGAAAUGGACCACUCAAUCCCUAACCCCUAAUCCCCAUAUGGGGUUUCGCUAUAUAGCUGACUAUGUAGUGAGCUCAAUCACCCGAGGUUUCGGACACUACAUGGCGCACUGUUGUGACAUCACUGUCUUUUAUUAAAGCUCUGAUGUGACAACAGAAGUGAAAUAGAGAGGCAAAAAAACCUCUGGGUUGGGAAAGCCCUAAAAAUCGUCUUCCCAGAUCUUCCUAAAUCGAGCACAAUAACAGCCGUUCCAAGCAAUUACAAAGCAGUAACAUUACUAAGAUUAUAAAUACGAUCGAAAAUAAUACUGAGAGAACUAUAAAAACAUUCUCACUCCCAUCCAGCAGCGGAGGCAAAUCGCUUCCCUGAGAACGGGGAGCUUUUCUCCACCUUAAAAUGAUAAAUUUAUCCGCGUCUUCGUCUGUACCUGAAGGUAAAAUAAACAACAGAUAUUUUCUGGUGCUUCUAUGAAACACAAUAAAUAUGAAGUUGCGUAUUUUGCAGUAUUAUUUUAGGGCCAAUGUUUUGACAUCACAUUUCUUUGUCUUUUACGACCAAAGCAUUUAAAACAUAUUUUUUCUCAAACUGUGCUGUUACCUGGGAUUUAGAUCUAUGCGUGAACUGUGAUUUCUCUUCUUACAACAGGCAGACUUUAUCAAAGUAGCACAUCCAGACCAAGCAUUUCGAGAGGCCGCUGAGAAGACCUGCAUAGAGAUCGGCACAGCUGUGGAGAAGUAGGAAAAACAUUUAUAAAAUUGAUUAAAAAUGCAGAAUAUAUAAACAAUGCACAUUGAGCUCAUGGGCACAAACAUAUUGUUUCAUUCUGCUGAUACAAAACUAAUCCAGGUCACUGAAAGACUUUUUCAAUGCUUGCUUGUUGUAUGUUUCAGAUUGAACACUAAUGUAGAGCUAUGCAAGAGCUUAAAAAAAUUGCUAGACAAUCCCGACAUAGUGGCUAAACUGGACCCAGAUACCAGGUAAUCUCACUACCAUCUUAUUUGAAAUGUGACUCUGAGGAAGGCGUUGAGAUUUCUUGGGAUACAGGAUUUAUCUCUUCAUUUUUUUCCCCUCGCAGACGAGUUGCAGAGUUGUUCUUGUUUGACUUUGAAAUCAGUGGAAUUCAUCUGGAUGAUAAACUGGUAAGACAAUCAUAAAGGGAGACAUGUAUAAGAACAAGGAAUUUGACAGAUCUAAAAUCUCAAAAUCUGUGUGUCUCUCUCUCUCAUUUGUGUCUUUGCUCUUUUUGCAUUUUUUCUGCAGAGGAAAAAAGCCGUUGCCCUUCACGUGAAGCUGUUGGAUCUUAGCAAUGAAUUUCUAGUUGGUACUCACCUUCCAAACAGGAUAGCAAAAUCUGUUAUUCCUGAGCAUCUACAGCUACACUUUGCAAGUGAAGGAAAAUAUGUCCAAGUUACAGGACUGCAUGCAGAUUCCCCUGAUGAUUUGGUAUGUAUUGAGUUAAUCAUAAGAGCAUUUAUCCCUUUUCCUCAGGAGGGGGUACUGUUGAACUUCAACAGAUCAUGUACAUGACUCUGCGACAUAUUGAAAAUUAUUGUAAGAUGUACUAUAUUCUCUUCUGAAUUGAAAUCUAAUUGUUUUUCAAAACCUUGGCAAUGUGAUCUUUUAGGUAUAUCUAUUAUUGCAACAUUAGUUUGAUUUACCUUUCUGCUUUUGAUAAGCAAUUAUGUGUAGCUAUGCACUAUCUCCAAAAUGACAAAAAAAAAUUGUCAUACUUGCGCUGCAAAAAUCUGACACUUCAAUGACUAUUUGUGGAUCAAUAACCAUUUGUACAUACACAUACACACCAUACACACCAUUUGUGUAUUUUUCUGGUCCUUCUUCAUUGUUUUCUUUGUCCUCUCUUCCAUUUAAAGGUGCGAGAAAUUGCCUACCGGAUUUUUCUUUAUCCGAAUACAGAUCUCAUGGAGUGUGUGGAAGAGCUGCUAAAAUGUAGAUACAAGCUGGCCAAACUGGUGGGCUAUGAGACAUACGGGCACAGGGCCCUAAAGGGGACAAUGGCAAAAACACCAGGUUAAUGUGAACGCUCUCUGCUUCAAUGUCACCAUGGCUAGUAUGACCACGUGUUGCAGAUUCUUUUUUGGUAAAAUUUCUCAUAUAGUUCAACACGUUUCAACAAAGUUUGACUGCCUUUCACAGAGACAGUGAUGAACUUUCUUCAGCUGUUGACAGACAAGCUGUCAGACAGGUACAGUUAACUCUUCAAAGUUUUUCUCCAUGAUGUGAAAAAAGUAUCUAAAACAAACCAUCCAAAAAAUGCUAUCAACGAUUUUGUUGAUGACUUAAAGUGAACAAGUCUAAGAUUGAGGCCCAAGAGGCAAUCUUUAUUUUUGCUUGAGUGCCCCAUUUAUGAAUUUACCCUUAUUUUUGAUUAUGUGCUUGGUGCUUAUUACUGUUGGUGUAAACUCAAAGGGAUUAGGGUUUAUGUGUCAAACUUUAUUCAUAGGAUUACCUAAACAGUCUAAAGUUACAAUCCAGCACGACACAAGAACUUUAUUUACCCUAAAGGGAAAUUUGUUUGCCUGUAAUCUCAGAUAAACCAACUGCAGACAAACCAAGUUAUAAUCUGACCUGCCCAGUGGUGGUGAUGCAGUGGCUCUGUAGGCUUCUUUGACGUAGGCAUACAGCAGAUCCAGGGUUUUGUUUUCUCUGGUAGGACAGUCAACAAAUUGUGUAAAUCUAGUCAGGUGACAGGAGAAGGUGGCAUGGUAAAAGUCAUGUGAUAUUAUUGCCUCAGGAUGUUGAGUCUGUAUCCUAGCAACAGUAUCAUGGAGAACAUCACAUGGAAUUCCAGAAAUUGUAAAAAUUGACUUAUCUCUAAAUCUCACAGGACAGCCAAAGACUUCGAGAUGAUGAGGAACAUGAAGAAGAAAGUCAACCCUCGUGGCUCUGUGAGUCGUUUAUUCUCUUUGGCUACAAUAUUUCUAAAUACAAGAGUAUUUUCCUUGGCUGUAUAAUGACAAAACAAGUAUUGUAAUAAAUGGAAAAAUAUCUUAACACUCUUUUCAACAUAAAUAUCACAUAAAUCCUUGACCAGUAUUCAGCAUUUUAUGCUUAAAAGUUCAGUAAGUUAAAACGUAUUAUGUUGUAUUUGUGUAUUGAUUUAUAGGACCUCAUGCCGUGGGAUCAUCCGUUCCUCAGUGGUGUUUUGCGUGCUGAAAGGUGAGUGGUUACUUUCCUUAUCUGGGAUUGUUUUAGAAAGUUAUCUUGAUUGUACAUCAUUCUGCGGUUAAGUGUUUGUGUUUUUAGGUUUCUUGGUAGCAUGUUGGAGGUUGUCUGUAGAUCCCAGUUUGUUGUCAGGGCCGAGAUUUUCAAAGCCCAUCUCUCCGGUUUUGCCUGUCUUAAUUGGAAUCCAUCUUGAAAUCAGGUUAUCCAAAAGAAGAAAAGGAUUCUGUUAUCAAAUGAGUUUCGAGGGUGAUCUUAAAUCGCCUAAAGCGUCGAUAUUAACCUAGAUGGAGAUUGGAUAACCUGCGUUGUAGGACAAAGCUCAUUAUUUAUAAUUAGUCUUUGAAAGUGAUGUUCUUCCUCAUUCUUGUUUUUGUUUUUUCUCUUGGCAGGUACAACAUAGAGCCCAGUCUUUACAGUCCCUAUUUUUCUUUGGUUUCCUGUAUGGAUGGUUUGAACAACCUUUUCUCUCAGCUGUAUGGUGUGUCUCUCAUGUCUGAACAACCAGCUGCUGGAGAGGUCUGGAAUGAGGAUGUCCGCAAACUGGUAAAUAUACAUAAUAACAAAAAGCUGGUUUUGUUAGGUCUCCGGCUCUUCUUGGUAUGAGUUAUGUUUUGAUGAUAGUUGUUUGUGAGAGGUCGUUAGCUGAAUGCUGUUCUCAAAGGUCUGAAUGUUUUCUAAUAUGUGUGUUUUAUUGUGGGUUUAUGUUUGUAUGUGCAUUCUCAGGCUGUUGUACAUGAGACAGAGGGAUUAUUGGGAUACAUCUACUGUGAUUUUUUCCAUCGCCCAGAUAAACCUCAUCAGGUGAAUAUGUCUACUCUCAUAUCCUUAAUUUUUGAUGGUUCAUGUUUGCUUCUUCACUUUAAAUAUAAACCAAAUUUCCACUCAGGGAUAAAUAAAGUUCUUAUCUUGUCAUAUCUCAUUAAAGCAGAUCCGGUCUAGUUAAUAAACCAUCCUCAGGAGGUUUGUUCUGACCCCUGGAAUUUUUCCAGAAAAUUGUUGCAAUUCCAAUGUUUUUAUUUUACAUGUUUAUUUCCUUUACGUGCAUUGGACCAACAUCAAAAAAGCAGAAGAAAAAAGCCAAAGUUGACAUAAUUUGACACAAACUCGGCUUGUAAAAACCUUAAAAUAUCUGCUAUUUGAUACUAGUCAGUUAAGUAUCCAUAUGUAACAGGGUUGAUGACCUAAAAGGAUGGUUUGUUUUCAAUUGUAUUCCAGGAAUGGAGUUGUUUUAUUUCUUAACAGUGUUGGUCUUCCCACCAUCAUUUUCUAUCAGGAUUGUCACUUCACUAUCCGCGGCGGCCGCUGGUGCCAGGAAACUUCUCAGUACCAGCUUCCAGUUGUGGUGCUGAUGCUGAGUCUUCCCCAGCCAAACAAGAGCGCUCCCACCCUGCUUACCCCUGGCAUGAUGGAGAACCUCUUUCAUGAGAUGGGACAUGCCAUGCAUUCCAUGUUGGGACGCACUCGCUACCAGCAUGUGACAGGUGGGCUAAUCUGUCCAGACCUUGUUUACACCUGUGCAAUGCAAGAAAUGUAUCACUAACUUUUUAUCGCUUUAAUUUUGUGAUAUCAGAGGUUGCAAACAUAAAUUACACUGUAAAAAUACAAAGUUUAUUGUUGCACUGCUCUAAGAAGCAUCAUCACCAGCAUGGGAUAAGGAUUUACACUCAAUAAGAAUAUGUUCUGUGCAACAUCCUUUUUAUUCUUAUUUAAUACUACUAAUAUUAUUUCAUGUUUUAUUCAGGGACCAGAUGUGCGACUGACUUUGCUGAAGUCCCCUCCAUCCUCAUGGAGUACUUUGCCACAGACUAUCGAGUCAUCAGCCAGUUCGCUCGCCAUUAUGAAACUGGACAGGUACGUUUUAACCCUUAAAUUAAAUCCGCUGUGAAGUCUUUGCACCAAAAACAGUGGGAAGUGGUUGUAGAAAUAUGGUGGGGAUUCCAAUUUAUAAGUUUUGUUUACAUCAUUCAUUACUAUUUGAUGACUAUUUCAUAUGUUGUAUAUGAGCAAAUAAUAACAGCAAAAUUAUAACAUUGCAAAGAAGGGAUUAUAUAAGGUGAAAACAAUGUUUGACAUGAUUCUGUCUGUGUCUGCUUCUGCUCAGCUUCUGCCUGAGAGUAUGGUGGCUCGCUUACGUGAGUCCAAGAAAGUAUGUGGGGCUGCAGACACCCAGCUGCAGGUAAGAUGAUGACCAGCUGAACAUACAAAACCUACAGUUCUCUCUCAAAGUAUAUUUACCUUUUACAAGAACCUCAAAAUGUGGUGGGGGGGUCUUUUUUAGGAUAAAGCAUCAAAAGAUGUCUAACUUUCAACAUCUAACAGCACUUGAUGAUUAAAGGAGCUACACAGCCUUUUCAUAUAUAUAUAUAUAUACAUAUAUAUAUAUAUAUAUAUAUAUAUAAUUUGGUGUUCAUUUUCACCAAAUUUCACCAAUUUCAGUUUUUUUCUAGUUUUGAAGCAAAUAAAAUGAUUCACCAUUUUUUUAUUUUAAUGUAAGUGCUUCUGCUCUGAAUGCGUUAUGGAUGGUAAAUAGGGACAUCAUGACUAACAUAAGCAGUUCCCUCUAUCGAUGUGGAUAUUUCCUGUUUUUUUAAUGUAAAACAUGAAUGUGUUUGACUUACUUAGUUGAAAUUGUGUCAAACUCUAUAUUCUGCCUACGUUUGACUCACUGUUUCACUCAAUGAACAAAUCCUCGCCCUGUCAUGUUGUGUUUUUUAUGUUAUAUGUUUUGUGCCCAGUUGUCACAUAUGUAUGUACUGUAUUACUAAAAGAAAACUAAUAAAAAGUACAUUCAAAAAAAUAAUAAUAAACUCUAUAUUCCUCUGGGCAGAUUUUUUAUGCUGUCUUGGACCAGAUCUAUCACAGCACGCCUCAGAAACACACUACCACACAGAUCCUCCAGGAGAUGCAACAGAAAUUCUAUGGCUUGCCCUACGUACCUAACACGGUAAAUCCCUCACUUUAUAUUUAUGAUUCAAAAUACCGUCUUUUACUAAUAUAUUUGCCUAGUGUCUCACCAUUAAAAUGUUGUAAAAUUUGACCAAACUGUCACUGCUAAGCUGAUCAGAAACAAAAAUAUUCUUGAAGGAAAAGUCCUCACAGAACUCACAGCAGCAGGAUAGUUUAGCUUUUCUUUUUGGUUCUUCACAAACUAAGAAAGCUUGCUAUGUUUACAUUAAUGUGGUAUUUGAAUCUGGAAGUGCUUUAAAGAAAAGAAGAUUCCCUCCUUCUGAGUGUGCAUAACACUUCAUGUCAGUCAGGUUUUUGUCAUCAAAUUCCCCAUAGAGAGAGUCAACAUGCUGUUUAGCAUCCUCCAUAUUGACAGGGCUUGAGACUGCGACCAAAAUUGCAUAUAAAACCUUAUUUCAGCGCGUGUUGGUAAUAAUGUAAUCUAGUCACAUUUGUGCACCUGCAUAUAUUUUAAAACUCACUCAAACACAGGCCCUGUAUUAGACAUUGUUGUUGAAAGUUCCCCUCUUUUUCACUGGCUUAGUCAGUCUCCUCCACCUGCACUCUCUCCUGUCCUGAGGACAGAGCGCUGUCACGUACACGCACGUAUGUGCAUCACACAUCAAAGACAGACAGAACUUCACAACAAGUUUUUCACUGUUUCCACAAAUGGAGCGCUCUAUCGCUGAUUAUAUAAAAUAAUCAAAAUGAGGAGAGAGAGGAGCAGGCUGGUGGUGAGGGAGAGCCAACAGAAAGUGCCAAAUUAGACAGUAGUGAUGAUGAAAAGAACAGGGAGACGCAGAGAGCCGAGCAGCAGGUGAAGAAGAAAAAUACUGCUUUCAACCAUAACAUGAAACUUUAAUGUGUUUUUUUAUUUCUACUCAAGGCAUGGCACCUGAGAUUCAGCCACCUGAUUGGCUAUGGUGCCAAAUACUACUCUUACCUUAUGUCCCGUGCUGUAGCCUCAAUGGUGUGGAAACAGUGCUUCGUUCAGGAUCCUUUAAACAGGUAAGUCAACCUUUGAAUGGUAAAUUUCAAAAGUAAACUGUCAAAUUGAGCAAACUGAAAUGGCAGACAAUGUUUCUCAGCUUUUAUAUCAGUCUUCUCAUUUGAUUCCUUCAAAACUGAUGAUAAUGGCAGAAGGAAUCUUUUUGGACUUCAGCACUGAGGAUGCAAGGACCCUAUUGGAAUUUAAGGAAUUAUUGUUGCACUCUCCGCCAAACAAACUGCCUUUUUGGAGGCCUUAACAUGCCUGACAACUUGCACACCCAUCAGGCUUGUGUGAAAUUUAUGGAUUUUAAAGAUCUGGAAAAAUGAUGCUCUAUAAUGGCCCCUAAACUUUUCAAAAAGGCCUCCCCAUAAAGGGUUAUUGUGACCUACAUGAAUGAGUUUCACUGUGCCCAAAGACUGAGCUUUUCUCUUAGCUGUUCUUCAGGGGUAACACAUUUCUUUCCUGGUAGUAAAUCCAACCAACUUUAUUUUUUAUUUAUGAACUUUUUUCUUGCACAGCCAAAAGGCAAAAAUAGACUUGACUUUGUGUUUCAAAAUGUUUGUGAUUACAGACACUGGUCUCUAAGCAGUAGCACUAGCGUUGUUCUGGCAGAGUUAGUUGAGCUUUUAGGGAAGAAUAUCACAUGUUCCCAGACAGUGUCUUAUGAUUUUCUCUCUUGUCCUUUCCCUCUCUCUUUGUCAUGUCAGGGACAUGGGUGAACGUUACCGACGAGAGAUGCUGGCACAUGGAGGAGCCAAAGAGCCAAUGCAGAUGGUUGAAGGUAAGACAUUUGGGCCUGUAUUCUCUUUCAGCAUUUUGGGGGGCUCUUACCCUCAGGCAGCAGUCUUCCAACCUUUUUCUGGACAUAUACCAUCGUCAUAUUCAUCUGCUUUGUUUGUUGUGUAGUUUUACAGUUUAUUUUUGUUUUAGAGUUUUAAAAUAAUUGUUUUGUUCCUUGACAUAUUUGUUUGUUUGUCCCCAAAAAUGGACAUUUUGUCAUAAUUCCUAGAUUUUUUAAAGGUUGUUGGGCUGCUCUUUCAGAUUUAGUCUCUUCAGCUCAGCUACUUGCAAAUUUUGCACAAGGUCUUUCUUCUGAUUGGCCACCUCUCCCAGGGCUUUCCAAAGGUCACACAAGGACAAAGCUUGAUGCUUUAGGCCCACCCCCUCUACUGUAGUCAUGUAAAGCAAUCGAGUAGUGCGGCAGAGCAGUGUUACACCUCUCCACUCAGGGCGUCACCUCAUGCGUUGCUGGGCAGACCAUUCCACUGUGCUGGAAGCACAGAUGAACCAGUUAGGAGAGCCUAUUCAGUGUUUCCCACAGGAUGGGAAUCUAUUUCUGGUGGUGGGUUGCCAGGGGUGAUCCUAAUGACAAACUUAUGUUUAAGGACUGACAUCUGAGUUGCCAGUUAAGAGAAUGUUAAUUCACUUGAAGCUCUGUUAGUUUGCAGAUAAAUAAAGCAUAUUCUUGACAGCUACUGUUGCCUCAGUGACAAGACAGGUUGAUGAGGAAACCUCUUAUUCUAGAAUCUUAUUGCGAGAUGUCGCUAAGUAUUCUCAUUCUAUAGAGGUAUUAUCAGUCUACGUCACUCCCCACUCUACUGUGCCCAUGUUGCCUUCAGCGAGAGAGCAGCAAGAGCAUUGAUCAAAACGCACAAGUUUUACAGAAUACCAUCAACUCGCACACGUUUCAAGGCAAACAAAAGACAAGUUGCUUACAUGAAAUAUCUUUAGUAUUAUGCCCUAUGCACAUAGUAUGUGUUGAACUUUGAGUUUAAAUUGUCAUGUUAAAGUCAUAGUUAUAAAAAAAAUAAACAUGCAACACCACCAGAGUUCCCUCCUUCAUUAAAAGCUGCUUGCUUUUUGUUUUUGUAUGACAGCGAUGCUGCAGAGGCAGCCCACCAUUGAGGACUUUGUGGAUGCCCUGGUGUCUGAACUCCACCCCAAUUUUGAGACAUACAUCAUGGACUCUGAAAGUUGA